UAUGAGGUCAUGCAGCAGCCAAUGAAAAUUUUUCUAACAUACGAUGCCGGCGACUUUUCUACUUCCUGACAAUAUCCAAGCAAGCUUUGGUCCUUGUUCACGCUUGUGCCUGUCUGAACGAAAGAGGUGUUCCUCGACUAGAAUUAGUAGAAUACCCAUUUCUCUUAGACUAAUUCCCCCAAACCUGACAGUCCACCAUGUCUAACGGCUCUCUCAUCAACGGCUGCAACGGCAACAACAAGGACCUGCCCCCCUCCCCCGGCCACAUCCUGGUCACGGGUGGUGCUGGCUACAUCGGCUCCACCCUGGUGCCCAUGUUGUUGGAGAAGGGAUAUGAGGUGACGGUGUACGACCAGUUCCUAUGGGGGAUCAGCCCCCUCCUCCCCGUGGCCGAGCACCCACGUAUGAACAUCGUGAAAGGCGACAUCAUGGACAAGGAGAGUCUGGCGCAGGUCAUGGAGGGUAAGACUGGGGUGGUGCACCUGGCCGCCAUUGUGGGUUACCCAGCCUGCGAUAAAGACAAGCCCAAAGCACAACAGGUGAACGUGGAGGGCACAAGGAACAUCACGGAACUGAAGAAGCCAGAUCAGGCCCUGGUGUACGCCAGUACAGGCUCCUGCUACGGCGCGGUGGACGGUGUGUGUACAGAAGAGACCAAGAUCAGCCCGCUCUCCCUGUACGGCAGCAGCAAGGCCGGGGGCGAGGAGCUGGUCCUGGCGGUCAACGGCACAGCCCUCCGGCUGGCCACCGUCUUUGGCAUCUCCCCGCGCAUGAGGCUGGACCUCCUGGUCAACGACCUCACCUACAAGGCGCUGACCAUCAAACACUUUGAUCUGUACGAGGGUCACUUCCGCCGCACAUUCUUGCACGUCCGUGAUGCGGCCCGUGCCUUUUUGUUUGCCAUUGAAAAUACCAAGGUCAUGUCGGGCCAAGCCUACAACGUGGGGGAUGAGCGCAUGAACUUGACCAAGAAUGAUGUCGCCGCUGCCAUACAGAACCGUGUUCCUACUUGCAAGAUCAUUCCAUCGGCCGUCGGGGAGGACAAAGACAAACGGGACUACGAGGUGAGCUACGAGAAGAUCAAGAAGCUGGGCUUCCGCUCUACCGUCUCCGUGGACGAGGGCAUCAUACAUUUACUCAAGAUCCUGCCCAACAUGCUUGAUCUAGAGAUUGCACGCAGCAAAAAUGUCUAGGACCAACCCAAUGACUGGCAUAUUUGUUAAAUUUCCUGUAUUUGUCUAGAGGUUUUCACUGCAGCAACUGUAUUUUGCUUUGAUGUCAUGCACGAAAUUCCUGUAUUCAUUUUUGUAAUUCAUACCUUUAUGUGCAUGUUUGAGGAUGAACGAACAGUCUAUUGUUUUGAAGCCUUAUUUUGAUACCUAAUAAUUUUAUCCCUAUACUGUAUAUGAGUCCGGAAAUGUUCAUAGACUAUUUAUAUAAAUACUGAUGUGACAACAUGAGGGACUGGAUGAGACGUCAUUGCUCUCCAUGUUUGCAACCAUAUGCUCACCUAUGUGAGUCAGUCUGGGACUGACAACUGUUCUGGCUGUAUGGGUAUCUGGUUAUCAAGUGUGUAUCUAGAAUAGACCCUUUUGAAAGCUCUGUUGCCCUAUAUAUUUCUUCCAGUCAUUAUGUGAAAGCAGGCAUUCUUUCAUUACUUUUUUUAGACUGUCCCUACAUUGGAAACAUAGAUGAUGUUACUUUUAAUGACAGUUCAUGUUUCUCUUUAUGUAUAUUGCUUUAAAUAUAUCUUUUGCUCACAAGCCAGUCAGUUCUAGGGAGUAUGGUUCGCGAUGGUGACAUGCAUCUGGUUUCAAGAGUUUUCUCUCCUCGAAACUAUGUUCAUAUGGUUGGUUGGUGUAUGCUCUGGUGUGGUUUGCACCUUCUACUUUUACUUUUCAGGGGUACACUCAUCCUUGCCUGUUCCUGGUGCCCUGUCGUGGUGGUCAUUGUGCCAACUCAGCUUAUCCUGUUGCUGGCCACAAAGUGUUUGUGCGUCCUUUGGUUUCAGACUUUGUUGAGAAACGUGUUGAAUGUCCAGUACUCGUUGCCUGUUGCUACAAACGUGAAUGGACAAACUAGAAUGGCAGCAGGCAGUGGGAUACGGUCAGAGACGGGGUAGUCUGGGUCAGACUAAAGGCGGUGAGAUUUUGUCAGGAGAGUAGACGUAAGUCAAAAUGGGGUCAAAAGAAGGCUGUAAGGUAAUGUUGAAAACUGGACAAAACGCAGAUUGAAAUGAAGGCUGUGAAAUAUUAUCAGGAAGUUCGGUGAUAGUGGUUGUUUUAAUACUAAUUUAUUGUUUCAUUUUGCUCAUUUAUUUUAAUUUUGAUAAGGUUUGAUUUAUAUGGACCAUAUAAAUGAAGUUUUGAUGUGCAGGUUUAUUAAGCUUGAUCAGAGAACGCUUACUGACCAAGAAUACCAGUCUUUGUAUGUCGCUCAUAAUGUGACCUUUGAACUUUGUCACUGUUGUAAGAAGUAUAAGCCUCAUGUUUACUUUUAUUUCCUGCUGAUAUGAUGUAAUGUUUGUCAUAUCCUGAUAGUUCCCAAUUUCAGAAUAGAUAAAACUAUGUAACGUUCAGUGUGAUAGCAAGAAUGUAAGGUUCUGGAAUGUUUCAUAUCUUUAUAUUUCUUGUUUUGUCAACAUGCAUUCUUUACUUUUCACGCCUUUUGUUCAAAUGGGGAAGGGGUGCAAGGGGGGAUGUUUUAAAAAUCUAUGUUCUGUUAUAAUUUUUAUCCUUUUUAAUGAUACAUUUGUCAUGUUGGUGGCUUUCUUCAGACUUGGCAUAGUUGUGCGUGCCUUUUGCCAUCAUUAUAACUGCCAUGUGUGAAAGGUUGUGUGAUCAUUUGCCCCGUUUAUUUUGUUGUUUUAUCUGUUCCUGAUUUGAAUAUGCAAAAUCAAAAUUAAUGGACGCACUUUGUUGUUAUUGAUAGGACAAAAAUCACUUUCAUAUAGUGUGAUUAUGUUGUUAUGUCUAUUUUAUUUACUUUAAGCGUUCUGUCAGUAAAAUAUGCUGUAUAUAAUACUAUAAUACAGCUUCAUUAACAUGUUCAUUGUUCUUGUGUCAGUUUGAAAUUUUGUCUGACUUGUCCUGCUCAUGUGCAGACUCUUGUUAAUGGUUCAAUUAAAUUUGUGGUGACAUUAUAUUCCUCUAAGCUCAAGGGAAACUUAAUAGACCAAUGUGUGUUGAUAAAUAACCAAAAGGCAACUGCUCCCCAUCUCUGUCCCACUUUGCUGACGAAAUGCAUUUGAAAGUAUGUACUGAACAAAAGAAUACGUAGUGAACAAAAGAAUUCUGUGGUGCUUUAGUUUUCUUGAUUUUGUGAUAAAAAUUAUUGUCGAUCAAGUGCUGAAACAACUAAUUCAAUCCUUUUUGGAAUUUAGGUAAGGAUCAAUUUGUCUUUUGUAUGUGAGUGAUUUUUUAAAGUUUCUUUUUUUUGUCGUAAGUUCUUGAAUGUGUUACAGUAUGACUAACCUUUCUUUAAUGAUUUUUGCCCCGGAACUUGCUUGUGGAGAAGCUUUGUGAGGUUGGAUUGUUGAAAGUCAUUAAAAGCCUUUAAGGAAUUUGUGACUUAAAAAGUCCAACCUAAAUUAUCUGAGAGUAAUUUUGUUCUUUAACAAAAAAAUAUUUAAAAACCCCAGACAAUGUUAUCAGUUUUCUUGUGCUGUGUGCAAACAGUUCCUGUACCAGCACAACAAGCUAUAUAAAUGCGCGACAAUAUUUUUGCUUUGAGUUCAUGUGAUGAUUCAUUCCAUUCUUCUUUUAUUGAUCCAGAUUUUGUUCCAGUGUUGAAGCUCAUCAUGUACCAAUCCCCAGUGCUUUUGACAAUUUGUUUCCUCUUGAUGCUCAGUAGACUCAAUGCCAUCUUCUUGAUAGCUUUAUGAUAAUUUUUACACUAAUUAAGUCUGAAAUCCCAUUUUUCUAUCGGAAGUGCUUAAGGGGGAAUAGGCCUUUGCCUUCUGAAUCUUCUGUUUCUUUUUUUAAUUUUAUCAAGCUACUGAAACUUUCUCUCAUUUUGUCAAUUUGUUUUGUGUAUUGUAUUUAAUAUGAACAAACAAUGAACUUUCGAUGAGUUGUAUCCCUGCCAUCCAUUUGUCUUUUUCUAUACCCUAUGCUCUUACAGCUUAAAGCUUUAUCAUGUCACAAAAGCAUUUUUGUAUUAGUUUUAUAGAAGCAUACAGUUCAGUUUGUUGCACAUGUAUCGAAAUGCUAAAUUUAUACAAUGAAACUUGAGGGUGGUGGGCUCUGGAUUUUGCCUUCCAAAAUUUCUCUUUCCUCUUUGAAUUUUGUCAAGCGCCUGAUGAAGCUCUCUCAUUUUAUUUGCAUUAAAAAAAACAUUUGAUAUGAGUAAUGAAAACUUGCUGUAAUGAACCGUAUACAUGUCGUCCAUUUGCCUUUCUUUUCUUUUGUUCUUUUUUACAUUCUUCUCAAUGUUUUUUCAAGCCUCUGAGGAUCUCUUAUUUUUAUCUGCAACUCGUUCUGAUUCAUUUGCUUGACACUUAUAAAAACAUUUGAUGUGAUGUA